AUGCCUCUACAACUGCGUUGGCGCUGUCCCUUGGGCGGACGUCCGCUGCGCCUUUGCCACUCGUGCUGUGCGGCUGGCCUCCUCGGUGCAGCCCCUGGCGCCAGCGCUGAAACAGCUGCCAGCCGGCGCUGUGGCCACUCGCAUUCCCGCUUGAUCCACCACGGCAGCCGCUUCUAUUCUUUCCUCCACGUCAGCCAGCAGUCCUUAUUCAUCAAGCCACCUCUACCGCAAAUACGACUGCAGCAGUCGCCACGACAGUCAACACGUCAUCUUCACGCAUCCUUGUCGUCGUCGCCCCUGGUAUUUAGCUCUCCAACGCCGUUGCUGCUUUCACCCUCCCUCUCCACUCUCGCGCAACUCCCCUUUUCAACCUCAUCGUCCCCGAAGCUGCACCAGUACCAACACGACCGAUUCGACGCGUCGCAGUCCUGGUCGCCACCCUCUCGAAAACACCGCCGCAAGCUCGCCCGCUGGCUGCCCGCCAUCAUGGCUGCCUCGCACGUCCGCACGCGCAGUGACGAUUCGCACACCGAAUCCCAUUCCCAAGCCCACAGCCACUCGCACGGCCUCGGCCUCGGCCAUCAUCACCAUCACCACGACAAUGUCUACCUCACGUCGCAAAACAAGAAGGACGCCGGCGUCCGCAUCACGCGCAUCGGCCUCUACUCCAAUCUCGGCAUGGCCUUUGUCAAGGGCGCCGGCGGCUACUUUUUCAACUCGCAGUCCAUGCUGGCUGACGCUUGGCACAGCAUGACUGAUCUAGCUUCGGAUGUCCUCACCCUGGCCACGGUCUCGUGGAGCCUCCGACCGCCGACCGAUCGCUUUCCCACCGGCUUCGGCAAGGUCGAGAGUCUUGGCUCGCUCGGUGUGUCCGGCAUGCUUCUCGGCGCCGGUCUGUUCAUGUGCAUGAGCAGCUCCCAGUCUCUCUAUGCACAUCUCUGGCUGGAUCCGGCCGCAGCUGCUGAGGUCCUCGCCCACGCCCAUUCCCAUGGCCACAGCCACGGCCACGGCCACAUGCACAGCGACGGCGGUGGUCCCAGUCUGCAUGCCGCCUGGCUGGCUGCCGGUACGGUCUUGGUCAAGGAAUGGCUAUAUCGAGCGACCAUGAAAGUUGCCCGUGAACGGAAAUCGUCUGUGCUUGCCUCGAAUGCCGUGCACCACCGCGUCGACAGCCUCACGGGCAUUGUAACUCUGGCCGUCAUUCUGGGCGCCAACUUCAUCCAUGACGCCGCCUGGUUAGACCCGGUCGGUGGGCUGCUGAUCUCGCUUAUGGUGAUUCGUGCUGGCUGGGAGAACACGGCGUCGGCGCUGUACGAGCUUGCCGACCGUAGCAUCGACGAAGACGUCAAGCGGUCGGUACGGAAACAGAUCACCCAGUCGCUAGCAGACCAGACUGCAGUGCCGGACGGCCAGCUGCACUUGGUGGAGGUUCGCGACGUGUCCGGGGUCAAGUCAGGACCGAACUACCUGGUGGACAUUGAGAUGGCCGUACCGGGCGAUUGGACGGUCGACACAACACGGGCAAUUGAGGAGGCAGUGCGGGCUCAGGUGGGUGGUUCGGUGCGAGGAGUCAGGCGGCUGCGGGUCCGGUUUGUGAAGCUGGAUGAGACCACGGCCAAGUUUGACGACUUCAUGGCGAACGGCAUCAGCCCCCGUGAGAGCCCGGAGCCGGAAGAGCACGAUCAUGACCACGGUCAUGGACACGAUGAUCACGGCCAUGAUCACAGCAACGGAGCGGCCAAUGGGACGUCAAACGGAAAUGGACACAAGAAGCAUUGA